AAGACAUACGAAACCAUCAGCGGCCAUGGCUGUCCGAUUGGGACUGUCGCUACUAGUCUUCGCAACGCUUUCGUUAGCGGCCGUCGCAAACGUCGUCGAGUUGACCCGCGACAACUUCGCGAUGCUGGUGGGGAAGGACAAGGCCGCGUUCGUCAAGUUCUACGCGCCGUGGUGCGGCCACUGCAAGAAGCUGGCGCCAGACUAUGACAAAUUCGGGUCUGCUUUUAAAGAGACGGCGUCAGUGCUCGUUGGUAAGGUGGACUGCGACGAGCACAAGGCGCUCUGUAGCGAGUACAAAGUGACAGGCUUCCCCACGCUAAAGUGGUUCCCCAAAGGAGCAACUUCACCGGAAGAGUAUCCGGGAGGACGGAGUGUGGAGGACUUGGUUUCCUUCACCAAUGAGAAGCUAGGCACCAGCGUCAAACCACCAGCAGCAGAGCCAUCAGAUGUGGUAACCCUAUCACCUGACAACUUCGACGCAGUGGUCUUGGACCCAUCCAGAUUCGUACUUGUGGAGUUCUACGCGCCCUGGUGCAAGUUCUGCCAAGACCUCGCGCCAGCAUACGAACAGUUAGGCCAGGCGUUCAAAGCGGAGGACAGGGUGGUGAUUGCGAAGCUGGACGCCAGCACGCACAGGGAGCUCAAGGAGACUUACCAUGUGUCUGGUUACCCUACCAUCAAGUGGUUUCCCCCGUCCAACAAGAAUGGGGAGGAAUACAACGGCGCGUGGGAGCUGAGCGAUCUGGUGAAGUUUGUCAACAAGGAAGCGGGCACGCACAGAACCACUACUGGGAAGCUGUCUGACUUGGCAGGGCGCAUAGCCGCGCUGGACGAGGUGGCUCGAGGGUUCAUCGGAGCAAGCCAGGAGGAGAGGGAGGAGCGAUUGGGGAGGGCGGAGAAGGUGCACGUGACAGAAGAAGAAGCCAAGCAAGCAGCCGUGUACAUCAAGACAAUGAGGAGCAUAGUGGAGAAGGGCGAUGAGUACGCGGAGAAUGAAGUUAACCGGCUCGGCAGGCUGCUGCUGGGGGCGCUGCCAAAGGACAAGGCCCUCAGCUUCACCAUCCGCAUGAACAUCCUUUCAGCCUUCUUGGAGCUCGAAGGCCAUGAUGGCAACCGGGGGAAGGGGGAGUUUGAUAUGAAGAUUGAACUGCCCAAGAAGUUCACGUAUGGAAAGAUGUGAAGUGCGUAUCAUAAUUGCUCUGUUGAACAGACCCCAGGGAAAAAAAUGCCAGAAAUAGCUUCCAUGCAUUUUCUGCUCUUGCCGAAACAAGGGCUCAAGUUUGGUUGGUCUCUCAAGUUCACUAACCACAUGUGUUCUGUAACAUACACAGUGGAAAGCUGGAAACUAGCUCGGUGCCCACGA